CGUGCGAAGACCUGGGCGGAGAGCGCUACAGCUAUGGCGGCCGUUAGGAUGGGAAAGCUGACAACCAUGCCAGCAGCUCUAAUAUGUGCAUCUAUAAGUGUGCAUGCGGCCAAAGAAGAGGAGUCCAGAAAGCAUCUAGUGAAACCAGAGCAGCUCCCCAUAUAUACUGCACCACCUCUCCAGUCUAAAUAUGUUGAUGAGCAGCCUGGUCAUUUACAAAUGGGCUUUGCGUCCAUUCGCACUACAACUGGUCGUUAUAUUGGCUGGUGCAAGGGUGUUUAUGUCUUCAUGAAAUAUGGGAUAAUGGAUACAGUACAAUUUGGAAAAGAUGCAUAUGUCUAUUUGAAGAAUCCACCUCGAGAUUUUCUUCCGAAAAUUGGAGUGAUUACAGUUUCAGGAUUGGCAGGCUUCAUUUCAGCAAGAAAAGGUUCUAGGUUUAAGAGAAUUGCUUAUCCACUGGGACUGGCCACUUUAGGAGCAACUGUUUGCUACCCUGUUCAAUCAGUAAUAAUUGCAAAGGUAAUUGGGAAAAAGACAUAUGCUACAAGCCAGCAGAUUUAUGAAGCAGUUAAAUCAUUGUGGACAAAAAACAACAAAAAAGAGUCACUUCCUGAACCUAAAGAAAAAACUAAGCUAGGAAGCUCUGAUGAAAUAGAAAUACCUGCAAAAACAACUCACAACCUGAAACAUUCAGUGCCUUUGUCAACAGAACUCAGCUCUGAAACAAAGACCAAAUCAGAAUCCACCUCAGGUGCUACACAGUUUAUGGCUGACCCCAAGCUCAUGGAUCAUGGGCAGUCCCAUCCAGAAGAUGUAGAUAUGUACAGCACUAGAAGCUGAAAUAGAACUACAAGAUGUGUGAAGUUGUGAAUAACAAUGAAAAAAAUCAUGUAAUGGGUAACUGUGAUGCAUGGAGUAUAAUUUAAACCAAGUUUUUCCUUUACAUCUUCUAAUGUACAGUUAGACAAAUCACAUAAGUGAUUAAAACUCAAAUUGAAUACAAUCCGAACAAUACUAAAUGAUUGAUGAGGAGGCAGAGGUAAAAGUAUUAGGAUGCAUUUGGUGAUUUUUAAGGGUAUUUAUAAAAAAAUAAAAGUAAAUAUAUGAACACUGAUGAGACUAAAAUCUGAAAAAAUAUGUAUGUGUGUAUAUAAUUAUGUAUAUAUAUGCACAUAUAUAUUUGUUUAACUUUUAUGAAUUAAUGUCAGCUAAAUUAGAAUUGUGUGUGUAAGGAUGUGUUCCCUCCCCCUCUGUUUUUCAUUUCCCAGAGCUGGAAUAAAAUAUCCAUAUUUUAUGACACUUGGA